AGGGUGAAACCUCUGGUGUCUCUCCUGAGAGGGUGCAGCCAGGGCCUGCACAGUCCCGGGAGGUGACAGUUGUCUUAGCGCCACUCUGCGUCUUUCCGUAACCACUCUGCCUGUCCGUGCUAUACCCAGUGGUUAAACCUACUGACCAUCAGCUGAUUCCUCCCAAGAUACUGUUCUCUUGCUGGAAGGCUGAGGGGACAGGGAGCCCCAGCUUCUUGGCCACACCUCCCAAAAUGCAGUUUCCUUCCAGAGGAGGUGAGUGUGUGUUGGAAGGGAAGAAGCAGCAUAUGCCACUGGUAGUGACAUGGAAGACCCUCAAGACAACAGUCUGAGGAUUGUUUUGGUGGGGAAAGUUGGAAGUGGGAAGAGCGCAACGGCAAACACCAUCCUGGGGAGUAGAGUCUUUGAGUCUAGAGUUGCACCCAGUGCUGUCACCACCAAGUGUCAAAAAGCAUCCAAGGAAUGGAAGGGGAGGAAACUUGUUGUUGUUGACACCCCAGGGCUCUUUGACACCAAGGAGACCCUGAAUACCACGUGCAGGGAAAUCAGCCGGUGUGUCCUCUACUCCUGCCCUGGGCCCCACGCCAUCAUCUUGGUCCUCGAGGUGGGCUUCUACACGGAUGAAGAGCAGAAGACCGUGGCAUUGAUCAAGGCUGUCUUUGGGAAGCCAGCCUUGAAGCACAUGAUCGUGUUGCUAACUCGCAAAGAUCACUUAGAGGAGAAGAGCCUGAGUGACUUCUUGGCAGAUUCAGAUGUGAAGCUAAGAAACAUCAUCAGCGAGUGUGGGAACCGCUACUGUGCCUUCAACAACAGAGCCUCAGAGGCGGAGAAGGAAGCUCAGGUGCAGGAGCUGGUGGAGCUGAUAGAGGAGAUGGUGCAGAACAAUGGAGGGGCUUACUUUACCAAUGCCGUUUACGAGGACACAGAGAAGAGGCUGAAGCAACUGAAAGAAGACCUGAAGAAGAUCUACACCGAUCAGUUAAAUAAUGAAAUUAAACUAGUAGAAAAGGAAUAUGCUGAUAAAUCACCGGAAGAACGGGAGGAAAAAAUAAAAUUGCUAAAGAUGAAGUAUGCUGAACAAAUAAAAAAUAUCAGGGAAGAAGCUGAGACGGGAUUAUUUAGAGAUGGUUCCAAUGGGAUUAUGAGCGUGCUUUCAAAAAUAUGGCAGAUGUUUUGGUAGUAAAGACCAUUUCAUUUUUUCAUCUGAAUUUACGAUGAUUUGCGAUAGUGGUAGAUUGUAGUUUCCAUAGAUAGCUGUGACAGUAGCUUCUACUUAUUCUUCCUAUAACCUGACCCUGUUACUCCUGUCACUGAGUUGCGGGGCCUGUGUCUUCUACCUUGGAGCUCGGCAGAUCUGGGACCAUUUCAAUUAAUAGCAGAUGGUUGAAGCAGCACCUUGUGACUCUAAGGUUACAUAAGGGCAAUGCUUCCUUGCCCUGUUGGGGUUCUUGCCCUUGGAACUUGACUGUCAUGUUGUGAGAAAGCCCAGGCUGCCUCUUGAGAGGCCCCCAUGCAGAGGGCCUGAAGUCACUGGCCCACUUCCCAGCUCACCUUUCAUUUGUGACUCACACCAACUUUCCCGACAUGCAAAUGAGGCAACUCCGGCUGUCCCGGAAGCGGGCCCUCCGGAUGCCCCGCCAUCUCAGGCGAAGUUGCAGAAAGCAAAGAUGAUCCAUUCCCACUGAGUCCUGCCCAAAUGGCAGCUUUAUGAGAACAAAUAAAUGAUGGUUUUUGUUUUUAA